AUGGGUAUACUACCGUUGGUACAUGUACCUGUGCUGCUCGUCACGACGCAACUCUUACUAUUGCAAGCAGCGGGGUUUUUAAUAGACCAUCCACUAUCAGGGACAGCACAUUCAAGGAGCCAUGAACGCUCAUACCGUUACUCCAUACCGGCAGUGUCAUUGGCAGCAGCCUCGUCCCGGGAAGAAGAAACGGCAGAGAAGGCGGAAGACAUUCUUCGAGAAAAGCUGAUGAAUGACGCAACUGAAGUAGGAUUGCAAGACUUUCAAGAAGUGUUGGAUGCAUGGAUGAUGGCCUUUCACAAAAGCACGGAAAAAGAUAAUGAGACUAGAGCGUUUGACUAUGGCCAUCGGAUGGAAUCUAUUUUGACUUUACUGGAAGCAAGUGCCAACAACAAUAGCAUCAUCAUCAGUAUUGAACCCUACUCGCUCGUUAUGCAAGUCUACCUGCAACGAGACGCCGACCCCAUGGCCGCGUUACGCGUCUUGAGUCGCAUGGAAAACAUGCUUUACACAGCUCAUCCAAGUUCCGAGUUCCUCAACAACAAGCAACGACUUAUCCAGUACAACCGCGUCUUACAGGGAUUGGCCUCCAAAAUGGAACUGUGCUCUUUGAUUGCCGUGCCUCUCCUCUUGGCACUGGCCCAGGAGCAACCAGUCAUUUUGCCCAAGGACGAUCAAGUAGAACCAUUUGUUCCGAGGAAAUUGCAACCAGAUACCGCAUCCUUUGCGGUUGUCCUAGAGCCACUGCUGGAAAAGAAUUACAAGCUCAAUGCCUUUCAGAAGCCCAUUGGCUGGCUGGUGCGACAAGCCAAUCUAUCCGGGAUCUUGUUUGAUAACGAAGAAGACACGCAAUCUCCUCUGCUACAAAGAAUGGAGAAGGCCGUUGCUGGCGACAAGGAUCAUUUGGACAGGAUACUGGUAGAAGCCCUCACACAAUCGAAAACGACAUCCAUGUCCCUGGAAUCGCUGCUGGAAGAAUCUGAUGAGUCAUUCCAAUAG